CGCGGCCGGCCGCGCGCUGGGGCUGUUAGCAGAGCAGCCCCUGUUUCCACCCGGCUCGCUUUGCGGGCGGACCCGCCCCUGGCUGCCUUGGCGUGUUUCUGGGAAAGGGCCUGGCGAGUUUCUUCCCUUCAGGUGGAAUCCCAUUUAAAUCAACAGUGUUUCAUGAUGUAGCAGAGAUGAGUUUGGCCCCUUCUUAUCUGGUUUUGUUGUUGUUUAUGAAAUAACCCCACUGUUUUAUACUAUGAUAAACUUCAGAUAAAGACAUGGGUUGCCCUCUAGAGGGAGGAUUUAAUGUUUUUAUACUUAGCUCUAUGCUGCUUUUUUAAACCUCUGCUAAAUAUUUAGGUCACUCUCCUGCAAAGGGAUUUGAAAGAAUCAACCUGUAGUUCUGGAUAGAGUCUUGUUUGCUUCAGUGGGACCCUGCUCAGGAGUAAGGGUUUGUGCUUGAGGAUCCUAUUGUAAAAUAGAAGCACAACCUACAAUGUAAAGUUCUUGUUGCUUGGAAUAAAAUGUGCAUAUUUGAGACUUGUUCUAUUUAUACCAGAGGUUUUCAAAUUGUGAGGUGUGUUCCCCUAGAGGAGAACAGAGGAAUGUUUGGCAGUGACACCAGGUGAGGCUUCUCCUCUCACUUCAGUAGGCCACCUAGUCUGUGGGUCAGUCUCAACAGCCACAGCAGCUGCGCCGAUUUCCGCUCCCAGCACCCUCCGUACCCAGCGCUGGCUCCACUCUCAGAGAUGGUCGCACGUUCCUUCCCCACUCAGAAAAUCUGAGGGGGGGCAGAUAUUCAUCAUUUUGGAGGAUUUCAGCACAGAGAUUAUUGGAUUUUGCCAUAUCUGACCAGGAUGAAUUCAUCAUUGGUUGCUUAUGAUGAUUCAGAUUCUGACACUGAGACUGGAAAGGCUGAAAAUCUCAGUCUUUCUGGCAGAGAAACCAGACUUGCAAGUUCUGCUAUGAAUCCUAUUCAGUAUUUUGCACCCGGUGGAUUAGGCACAAAAUCUACAUACAAAAUGCAGACUGUUGAGAAUACUGCCAGCACUGGGACAAGCAUUAUUUGUAAAGGUGCUCCUGCAUAUAAGGUACAGGCUAAUAACAGGGAUUUGGCAGUUGUUUAUCCUUGGAAAGAAUAUUCUAACCAGGCUGAAACACUUUCUGGAAAUGGAAGCUUCUCUCAGAAGAGAGUACAUCAGGACAAGAUUGUUACCAUAAAGGGAAUUAGACCAUACAUCCCUAAAAGACUUCGACAAGAAAAAACUUCUAAAGUGUAUGAAAAGAAAGAAUCUGAAGAACAGAGAGAGAGUUGUGCAAUACCAGGAGAGCAAAUUUCCACAGAGGUUUCUGAAUUUAUUAAGCCAUAUUUAGGGUCUAAGUACAAAUCAACUGAAAUCCCAAGGAACUUGGUGUUUCAGAUGUCCAAACACAGUGGUCCAGUUAAUAAAGUCCAGUGGUGUCCUGUACAAGGAUGGAGCCAUAUGCUUCUUUCCACUUCCAUGGAUAAAACUUUCAAGAUAUGGAACGCUGUAGAUACAGGCUGUUGUUUAAAAACAUACUCCUGUCACAGUUGUGCUGUUCGAACUGCUGAGUGGUCUUUGUGUGGAAGAAGAAUUCUCAGUGGAGGCUUUGAUUCUAUGCUUCAUUUAACAGAUGUUGAAACAGGGACACAGGUAUUUAGCAGCAACAAUGAAUUUAGGAUCAGCACACUGAAGUUUCACCUUUCUGAGCCUAAUAUUUUUAUUUGUGGAGGAUUCAGCCCAGAAGUUAAAGCCUGGGAUAUAAGGAAUUGUAAGGUGAUAAAAGUCUACAAAGCAGCAGUACAACAGACCUUGGAUGUCCUCUUCCUUCCUGAAGGAAAAGAAUUUCUUACAAGCACGGAUGCAGUAAGCCGGGACUCAGCUGACCGUACGAUCAUUGCAUGGGAUUUCCACAGCGCUGCAAAAAUUUCCAAUCAGAUUUUUCAUGAGCGUUAUACCUGUCCGAGUCUGACUCUGCACCCUAGAGAACCUGCAUUUGUUGCUCAAACAAAUGGAAACUACAUGGCAUUAUUUUCUAUCCAGCGACCAUACAGAAUCAACAAAAAGAAAAGAUAUGAAGGGCAUAAGGUGGAAGGAUUUGCAGUGGGCUGUGAAUUUUCUCCAGAUGGAACACUUCUAGUGACAGGAAGUUCAGAGGGCAAAAUAUUUUUCUAUAACUAUCACACUGCUAGAAUUAUUCACACUUUGUCUGCACAUAACCAGGCUUGUGUGAGUGCAACUUUUCAUCCAGUCCUUCCGUCAGUUCUUGCAACAUGUGAUUGGGCUGGAGAUAUCAAGAUCUGGCAAUAAUAAAACAGGGUUCCCUUUCAGAGUGAAUCCAGUUAGUCCACAUUAAAGACACGGGUGCUGGUGUUUCAUCAUAAAUAAACCAGUGUAUGCAAUUUGAAUUUUUCUUAUGAAUAUGAGGGAGUCUGUUGUCAUUUUGUAUCUUCCAUCCAAGCCUUCUAAGAGUAGGAUUUUCAAAAGUCCUAGGAGCUGGUUUAAGUCUGGAAGUCAAUAAGAGUUAGGCUAACACUGCGUGUUUUUGAAAAUAUCAUCUAAGCUUUCAGGCUAAAUUUAUUUUUUAUCAAUUGAUGCCUCAUGGGGGUAAAAAGGAGGCUUAGUGGUAAAUAUUAAAUUAUACCAAAAAUUAAAAAAAGACUGCAGCUUGCUGCUCUUAGUUAUCUUAACAUUAGGGUCAGUGUUCAGGUUAAUAAAUAAUAUUUUACAUUUAUAACAUCAUUUUUCAACCCAAAAGAUCUCUACUUCCAUGCAGUUCAGGAUCACCAUGCGGAAGAAAUCUUCUCCUAAAGUGCAAAGGAAAAGGAUCUCCUUUUCUACAGACUUCUGUUAAUUAUUUAAGAUCCGUAUCACCAAUUAUAUGGUUCUUCUUCUUCAACUGGUAUAAAUUGUCAUAGCACCAUUGAAGUCAAUAGAGCUAUAGCAAUUUAGACCAGCUAAAGAUCUCUCCCAAAUAUUUUUACAUAGUCAAUUGUGUGUACGAGAGAGAGAAAGAAAAUUCAUCUUGUGCCUUUUAGUGUCAACUUUAACUCUGACUCACAAGAUAUACUAACUCUUUAAACAUAUACAUAGAUUAUUUAGAAGUUGUCUUUAUAUUGUGAUGAUUAUGUUGAAGAGAUAAAUAUGUCUUGUGUGUCAGAGUAAAGACUGCUGCCAGAAUGUGUGAGAUGAAUUUUCACAUAUCAGUAUUCUGGUUAAUUGAUUUUAAUGAACUACAGUGUUACAGAAUAUUUAUGCCCAUUUUAACUGAGUAUUUCCAGAUUUUUUUAACUAGUCUUUUUUAUGAUAAAGCUGUAGUUUGCAGAUGCAUUAUUCUGUGAUCUAACUCUAAAUUAAGGAAGCAUUUUGUUUGAGACGAUCAACUAGAAUAAAAGAGAGCAUGUGCCACAGAAAUGAAAGGGGGGAAUCCUUUUUCUAAUGAGACAAAGACCUGAAUUUCAAACAUGUGGUGGUCAGAACUGUAGGAUAGUUAAGCCACAUCUCCACAUUUUGCUAUGGACUAACUAGAAAAAAGAAAGUAAAAAGAGAUGGGAAGGGGAGCAUCCCGUCACUUUUUGCCUCUAAUUUGUUUGCUGCCAUCAUUGGCAUAUCAAAGCUAGUUCUCUCCCUAUUAAUUCCAUUAUAGUAUUUCAGUCUAUGAAAAAGAACUUUAUUCAGAUACUGGUAAUAUUGUAGCUCCAUAUUAACCCAUGCAUAUUGCUAUAUCAUAGAAUCAUAGAAAUGUAGGGCUGGAACGGACCUUGAGAGGUCACCUUGUCCAGCCCCCUUUGUGCUGAGGCAGGACCAAGAAAACCUCAACUAUUCCUGACAGGUGUUUGUCUAAGAUGGUUUUAAAAACCUCCAAUGACAGGUAUUCCACAGCUUCCCUUGAAGCCUAUUCUAGUGCUUAACUACCCUGAUAGUUAGAAAGCUUUUUCUAAUAUCUAAGCUAAAUCUCCCUUGCUGCAGCUUAAGCCCAUUAUUUCUCUUUUCUUCAGUGGAUGUGGAGAGCAACUGAUCAAUCCCCCUUAUAACAACCCUUAACGUUUUUGAAGACUGUUAUCAGGUCCCCCCUCAGUCCUCUUUUCUAAAGACUAAACUUGCCCAGUUUUUUUUAACCUUUCGUCAUAGUUCAGGGUGUCUAAACCUUUUAUCAUUUUUGUUGCUGUCCUCUGGACUCUCUCCAAUUUGUCCACAUCUUUUGUUUUAAAGUGUGUUGGCCAUAGGCGCUGACUCCAUGGGUGCUUCAGGGCUGGAGCACCCACGGGGAAAAAAUGGUGGGUGCUGAGCACACACUGGCAGCCCCCCUAUCAGCUGUCUCCCACCCCAUCCCCCAGCACCUUCAGCCCCCUGGACCCCAUGGAUCAGCGUCUCCCCCUCCCUCCCUGCACCUCCCACCCACCGCAACCAGCUGUUUCGCAGCAUUCAGGAGGCUGGGAGGGAGGAGUGAGGACGCGACGCAUUCGGGGGAGGGGCUGGAACUGGGUGGGAAGAGGUGGGUCGGGGUGAAGCGGGGGCGGGAAGAGGCGGGUCGAGGGUGGGGUGGGAAGAGGUGGGACAUUGGGGGAAGGGGUGGAGUGGGGGUAGGCUGACCCGAUAGCAAAUGUGAAAAAUCGGGACGGGGGUGGGGGUUAAUUGGCGCCUACAUAAGAAAAAGCCCCAAAUAUCGGGACUGUCCCGAUAAAAUCGGGACAUCUGGUCACCCUAAGUGGGGGCAGGGUCUGGGUUGGAGCCGGGGGUCAAGCACCCCCCCGGCACUUUGAAAAGUCGGUGCCUGUGAUGGUGGCCAAAACUGGAGAUAUAUAUCUAUUAAUGUAUGUACAUAUGAUAUAUGUUUGUAACCUACCUGGGUCUAAAAAAAGUAAAUAUAUAAAUAGUGUAUAUAUAUUUAUGUAUUUAAAUGCCCUGACACAAAAUAAGACUUAGUGUAUGAUAUGUAUUCAUUCAAAUAGCAAAUCAUCUACUUACAGAGUGAAGCUAAAUAAAAUGAAAACCCAA